CUUUAAGAUUAAAAAUCUGUUUUAUCUACAUGAAUAAAUGAAAAGUGAAACUUAUUUUUCAGGGUGGGGUUUUGUAUUUUCUAGUUUUUCAAUACCGUUUCUGAUAUUUUUCUCAUUAUUGUAUAUAGCCCGUUUUACCUUCGUCGUUUAAAUUAAUAAUAAAUUCAAUUCGUGAUAGUUCAAAAACAAUUAUAACAAGUUAUCGACUGAGACUGUGUGUAAUGUGAGGUUAACGUUGUAUAAGAUUUGUGACAUAUCGUGGAUGUUUUAUAUAAAAAUUUACAAUAAAUUUAUUAAUAGGAUUGUCAAGUUGUGAGGAGAUUUAUAAUAUUCCUGCUUGGGAGUCAUUGCCGAAGAUACGAUGAAGAAAUUGAUUUGAGAAAAGUGGCUGGUGAUUUUAGGAAAUCGAAAUUUGGCAGCCAUUUUAUUUUCUCUGCAAGUUACGUGAGAUGCCAGUAUAGCUGUGGCACUCCAAAACAUGGCGCCCGUGCCGCGUCCGGGUAGCCUGCGCGAUCCUGAUAUUGCAGACCUUUUCUUCAAGCAUGAUCCAGAAAAGAUAUUUGAAGACCUCCGGGAAAUCGGCCAUGGCAGUUUUGGGGCAGUCUACUAUGCUCGGUGUCUCAUCACCCGAGAGAUUGUGGCUGUCAAGAAAAUGUCAUAUCUCGGAAAACAAAGUUUGGAGAAGUGGCAGGAUAUUUUGAAGGAGAUUAGGUUUUUAAAGCAGUUAAACCACCCAAACACAAUCGAAUAUAAGGGGUGUUAUCUAAGGGACAACACAGCUUGGUUAGUAAUGGAAUACUGUCUUGGAUCUGCAUCAGAUAUCAUAGAAGUACAUAAGAGACCGCUGAAAGAGGAAGAAAUAUCUGCUAUUUGUGAUGGAGUUUUACAUGGACUUAGUUAUUUGCAUGAGUUGGGCAGGAUUCAUCGUGAUGUAAAGGCUGGUAAUAUAUUAUUAACUGAAAAUGGUACUGUUAAAUUAGCAGAUUUUGGUAGUGCUUCUAUAAAAUGCCCUGCCAAUUCUUUUGUGGGGACUCCAUAUUGGAUGGCCCCAGAGGUAAUAUUAGCUAUGGAUGAGGGUCAAUAUGAUGGAAAAGUAGACGUUUGGUCAUUAGGCAUAACAUGUAUAGAAUUAGCUGAAAGAAAACCACCUUAUUUUAAUAUGAAUGCAAUGUCUGCACUAUAUCACAUUGCUCAAAACGAGUCGCCAACAUUAUCCAAACCUGAAUGGGCCGAAGUGUGGUCAGAUGUUUUCAAACAUUUUGUAGAAGCAUGUCUACAGAAAUCUCCGAUUCAGCGCCCAACCUCGUCUAGAUUACUAAGUCAUCAAUUUAUUACACGAAGUAGAUCACCCAAUGUUCUGAUAGAUUUAAUUCAACGUACCAAGGCCGCAGUUAGGGAUUUGGAUAAUUUAAAUUAUAGAAAAAUGAAAAAGAUACUUAUGAUAGAAAAUUGUGAAACUGAGAGUACUAUAGAUGUGGACGAUACUCCUGAUGAACAUACUGGUGGUGAUAGUUCAAAGAGUAAUUCAGUUACCUCUGAACAAAGUGUCCAUUCCGUAGGAGUAUCGGCAAGUAGUCAAUCCAGUAGUACCAAUAGUUUACCAGCAGGUGGCGAAGAUGGUACAACAAGAAGACAUAGACAACUUAAUCAUCCUGCCGCGGCGGCAGUUUCUGACCAUGGUACCAAUAAUUUUGCAACAAUCAGAACGACCAGUAUUGUUACCAAGCAACAGAAAGAACACAUGCAGGAGGAGAUGCAUGAACAGAUGUCAGGCUACAAGAGGAUGCGCCGAGAGCAUCAAAGUGCCUUGCUGAAAUUAGAAGACAGGUGCAAAAUGGAAAUGGAAGCACAUAAGAAUCAAUUGGACAAGGAGUAUGAAAGUUUGUUGCAGAACUUUAGCAAAGAACUCGAAAGGCUACAGAUAAAACACCAACAAGAAUUGGAAAAAAAGCACAAGCAAAAUUUGGCUGGCGAGAAGAAAUUGGUGAAAGAUAUUUCUAGUCGACAAGAUAUGGAUAGAAAAGCUUUCGACGCCCAUAGGAAGAAAGAAUACAAAGCGAAUAAGGAAAGGUGGAAACGGGAAUUGUCACAGGACGAUUCGACCCCAAAGAGACAGAGAGAUGCGACUUUACAGACUCACAAAGACAACUUAAAGUUAGUGGAUGCGCAGGAAGAACAGCGCAUGCUUAGGUGCCAGAAGGAAUACCUUGAACUAGAAUUACGAAAAUUCCGCAGAAAAAAGUUGAUGUCUUAUCACCAGUUAGAACAGGAACUUUUGAGGCAGGAGUUGAAUAAAAGACAACAUCAGUUAGAGCAGGCGCAUUCCAUGUUGCUGAGGCAUCAUGAGCAAACGCAGGAGCUAGAAUAUCGCCAACAAAAGGCUGUGCACGCUUUAAGAGAAGAACAGGUUAAAAAUCAACAUGACACAGAAUUAGCCAAUCAAGCUGAAUAUAUGAAGAGGACUGAACGUGAGAUGAGGAAAAAACAUGCACUUGAACUUAAACAACAGCCUAAAUCUUUAAAACAAAAGGAAAUGUUGGUCCGCAAACAGUUUAGAGAAACUUGUAAGGUGCAAACAAAGCAGUACAAGGCUCUCAAAGCCCAGAUCCUUUUAAAUACUCCCAAAGAAAAUCAGAAGGCAGUGAUAAAGAAGCUGAAAGAAGAACAGAGGAGAAAAUUAGCUUUAUUAGGUGAUCAGUAUGAACAAAGUAUCGCCGAAAUGUUACAGAAACAAUGUAUUAAACUAGACGAAAGUCAAGAACUUCAAUGUCAACAAAUGAAGGAAAGGUUACGUUAUGAAUUAGAAAUUCUUAUCGCGUACCAAAGCAAAAAUAAAAUGCAAGCUCAAGCACAGAGGGAUAGAGAAAAGAAUGAGCUUCAGGAGAGGGUCGCUGUGAGAAAAUCUCUUCUAGAACAGAAAAUGACUGCUGAAAACCAGAGGUUCAUUGAAGAGAGGGGUGAAAGAAUAAGAAUUCUUCAUGAAAGGCAAGAAAGAGAAUUAGAAGAAUUUGAUGAAGAGUCAAUAAGGCUGGGAUUUAGUGCAUUAGCAAUAGCAGAGAUGUCACUAGCAAUAAACGAUAUGUCUCGCAACAGUUAUGACGUGGAUGAUGCCAGCUUAUCGGGGUCGAUGCUCAGUCUGGCACAUUCCAACAGUUCUACAAGUUUUCCACCGAGUUCUGUUUACUCUUGAUUGGAGAAGUGAUAUGAAUAAAUUAUAAACCACUAGAUGAUGUCGCCAAAAUAUUGUUUUUCUUUUUGUAUAUAUAUAUCGUUGUCUUUGCCUAGAUAUCUUUUAAAAAAAUUUGUAUAAAUUUGUAAUUUUGUUAGAUUAUGUUUUAGUAUUGUAUAGUAAGUUAACAACUUUUUUCAUUGAGUUAGCAGUAUUUAUUAUUAUAACUUUAGUUACUGUAUUGUAUAUAAUAUGUUGUUGAAAACUUCUUUAGUGUCAAAGGUCUAUUAAUAAUGUUUUUUUAACGUGAAUUAUAGUUUUCAGCUCC